GCGAGCAGUGAGAAAAGAGACGACGUAUAGCAACUUGCAAAGGAAAGGAUUCUCAGAGAUAAAUAUAUUUCAGUCCAAAUAUCUCCGAAAUGAAAACGCUCAAGCGCGUGUGGAAAUUAAUGAAAGGAAGCGAAGGGGCGCGAGGAAACCAAACGGGUAAGCAGCCGGCACUUUCACAGUCGGGUGAAGUCUCGACUAGUCUCGGUGACAGGUCUUGCACGGUGGAGGCGUGUUCCGGAGGGAAGACAAUCGGUAAGCAGCCGGCGCUCUCACAGUCAAGGCAAUCCCCGACUAAUCUCGGUGCCUCUUCUUCCCAGCUGCAGGUGUGUUCCAAAGAGAAGGGAAACUCCAUUUGCCCUCUGCAGGUGUGUUCCGGUGCGAAGGGUGGCUCUUCUUGCCCGCCGGAGGUGUCUUACGGUGAGAAGGGUGGCUCUUCUUGCCCGGUCGAGGUGUGUUCGGAUGAGAAGGACUGCGUGAAAGCGCCACCGCGCAUAGCGAUUGACCUCGGCACUUCUUCUUGUCGGGUGGCGGUGUGUCGUGAUGGGAAGGUCCAGGUCAUACCAGACGUGUCUGGUAAACUAUCAACUCCGUCCAUUGUCGCAUUCACGGACGAGAAGUGUUUGGUGGGCGAGCGGGCACGCAAACAACUGCUGCGGAAACCGGAAAACUUGCUGUACGAGGCGAGACGCCUCAUCGGACGGGAUUACGAUGCGAUCCCAGAAGGGGAGAGAAGAUCGUGGCCGUUCAUCGUCGUUAAGAGAGCAUCCGGCGAGGCUAUGCUGGAAGUAAAGAGUGAACUCUUGUCCUCUUUGACGAGCAAUUCCGGAGAUAAGGUUAAUAAAGGAUCCUCUGUGAUGAGCGGUUCUGGAGAUCAGGGUGAUGGAGUAGCGAAUGGCAGAGUCGGCGGAGCGUUGGGCGCGGGGCGGCGCACGGUGGGUCAUGGCAAGACGUACUUGGCGCCUGAGCAGAUACUCGCGGUGUUUCUAGCGAAGAUGAAGAGUGAAGCCGAGACUUUCCUCGAAUGCGGCGAGCUGCACAGCGCGGUUAUUGCCGUUCCUGCGCUCUACUUCGAUAGGCUGCGGUCGGCGAUCAAGGUGGCGGCGGAGAUCGCGGGCUUCACGGAUGUGCAACUCGUCAGCGAAUCAACGGCGGCUGCUUUGAGCUACGCGCAGAACAAGGGACUCAUCACCUCCGGCUGCUCUGGUGUUUCUCCUGAAGAACAAACUCAAAGCGGCACGAAGAUGCUUGUGGUUGCUAUGGGAGGAGGAAACUGUGAAGCUGCGAUGGUAACGAUUACUGGCGGAGAGCUCAGGGUGAACUCAGCGGCAGGCAAUCCAAGUCUCGGAGGCAUGGACUUCGACCACAAGAUGAUGGAACUAGUACUUAAUCGCGUGCAGCAGCAGUUUAAUCGGACUCUCCCACUGAGCAGCAGCACGUUGCGGGAACUGAAGACAGCGAGCGAAAAGGCGAAGAAGGACCUGACCUUGAUGACCGACACACAGGUUGGAGCUGAGAGUUUCGGCGGUGAUGACGACCGCAAGGUGAUCAUCGGCCGCGGUGAAUACGAGGAACACUGUAAGAGUUUGCUGGAGGAGUGCAUGAAAUACGUACAAAGAGUCUUGGCGGAAAGCAAAACUCCGAUUUCCCUUGUGAAGGAAGUCGUGUUGGUAGGUGGGUCGACCCGCAUUCCCAAGGUCGUAGACAUGCUUUGGACACACCUUGACUUGGAAYCAAAGCCCCACCCUUAUCAGGACGAAGCCGUUGUGCGCGGGGCAGCACUCUUUGCUGAUUGCAGCGAGCAGGUUAUCGAGACCCAUCCCAUAGUCAUUGCGUGCCGUGGAGAGCGGAAUGGGCGUGCGAAUAUGCAUUCGGAACGAUGCGGGCGAGACCAACCAACGUCAGGAAGGAAGUUCUUGGUCGUGGAUUGCUGGAAAUCCAACGAUAUUGAGGACUGCUUGUAUAAUCUUUUCGCGAGCAGGGGCCCAGACCUCUGCGAGAUUGUCAUCUCCAUGCCGCUUAAGGACCUUCUUACAACGAAGGAGCGUACUGCGGAAAUGGAGGGAAUAGGAUUAGCGGCACCCUGCCUUUCGCCCAAGGCGACCCCCAACGCCUUGACGAAGGACGGGAUCCCCUACGUCCUGCUCGAGGCAGGGCCCGCCGUAACGAGCUCAGGCGAUCCAGAGGAUCUCUGCUCGGGGUGGAACAAGUUUGUCGGUGAGCAGGCGUCGCUCGCCCUGCAAGCCGGUCUUCAGGUCGUCUUGCGCCUUGGAAGAGAUCAUUCUGACGAUAUGCAAAUCCAGAAUGAGGCAUUCGAGCUGGAGGCGGAGAAGCGGAACUGCGAAAUGCAGCUCCGGGACAUUGUCGGUCGCAUUGGCAAGAAUUUUCGAGACAUUGCUAUCGCUUACCUGCCUCCAUCUCAUGUGCCAUUCUCAGCAACCGGAGCGGUUGCAGCAGAGGCCGCCAGCGUAGAGCCGUGUGACUUAGUUGUGGAGGUGGCUCGGCACAUCAGAGGUGUAAUUGGGGACCUGGUGAGCGCAGAGGCCGCCGAUGCAACACGCAUCCUUAUCGCCGGAUGCGAGACGGCGGACAUGUGGCAUGCCCUGCUAAGUAGGGGGCAUGCGAUUGACGCUUUCUCCUUGAGGCGGGCCUUCGAGACCCUCUCCUGUUCGACAAACUCCUCCUCAGCGGGGGACCAAGCGGACAAAUUCGCCAGGAAAGGCGAGUACGACAUGGUCUGGUUGAGUGCUGUCACUCGCAAGCUUAUGGGUAAAGAGGAGGUCCUCUGGAUAACGACGAAGUAUGUGUUGACUGAGGAGGGCAGUUCAAAAAAGAACAUGAUCAGCGAGAUCGACGGCUCGUACGUGUUGCGCUGGAAGGAGGGUCACAUUAUGACUGACUACCGCGGAGAGGUGAGAGAAGCGCGAAAGGUGAUGGUUGUCCCCAUCGUGGACGCUGAGAAGAAUAGCCAAGGGCAACAACUAGGAGAGGGGCUAUCGAUGCAGCUCUCAGCUUUGAGGGAGAAGUUGGCAAGACAAGCUUUUAGUGAAUGUCCACAUCUUUUUCUCGAGUACAGGCCUGCAGACGGUGUGGACAGCACGCACUCUCUUCUUGCGACUGUGGACAGAACUCACGUCCUCCUCAGGAGAUGGGUUCUUGCGAACUUGGGUGCCGAGGCGGCGCAGGAUGUGCGCAUUGUAUGCUUUCUUGAGGAGGGGGUGGCGUCAGACACGCGUCGACAGAUUGCCAAUCUGCCCAAUGUAGAUGGGAUAACCCUGCGGCUUCCCGCUCGGCGAGCCGUCAGCCGGACCAGUGUUGCGGCCUAGACGCAACUUACAUUACAUCUUUUUUUUCUUUUUUUUUUUUCCAUAUCUGGUUCAUUAUUAUUAUUAUUUUUUUCUUUACAAAUCAACUUUGCAUUUCAUU